UUGUGGAAAGUUGUUGCUCAAACACUUUUCAGUCGUGAUGUCACCACCAUCUUAGAGACACAUAAAAACAGCUGUAUAAAUAUAACUCUCUCCGGCUCCCAGGCUGGUCCGGGCAUGUGUUAGCUGAUGAAUCCAGAGCAUGUAGGCCGGGCCGCCUCAGCGCUGACACAGUUUGUGAUCCCCUGUGGGGGUAUGAGAGAGUCUUAGAUAGAGUUUCCCCUGUGCCUCCAGUGUUAUUAAUACACAUAAAGUGUGCCUCUGUUUUGCAAGAGACAGACACAGUGAAGAGCUGCACUGAAAGAAAAGUGUUUUCACAGCUGUCCGGACUGUCAUCUCCAAACAAACUUGUCUCUUGGAUGGCCAUGGACCAGCAAACAUCAACAGAAAAUGUGGAAAACAUGUCAUCAUACGAGGACUCACACACAGGGCUUGUAGGGGAUGAGAUUUGCAGCCAUGCUGACUCUGAAACGGAGACGGUCAUGGAGGACUUGGGGCAGCUUUUCGACCACUGCAUCCAGCAAGUGUCCCACAUGGAGGUGCAGCGGAACGAGCUGAUACAGGAGCUGCUCCGGCUGCAGGAGCCCAUGCUGCGAGUGGUGGGGCGUUUGAGAGAGAAGCUGGUGGAGACGCAGAGGAUGCUCACCCUGGCUCAGCUGGAUUAUGUGGCUGUUUAUGAGGAGGUGACGGAGGUGAAGAGGAAACUUUUUGUCACAGCCAGAGACUGCAUCCAGAGCCAGGUGACGCUGGCUGAACAACAGUACCAGGUGGCUCAGUCUGCUGUCACACAGGACGAGCUCAAGGCCUACAUCCAGAGUCUGACCCAGGAGUUGUCCCAGCUGCAGGAGGCCCAGCAGAACCAGCUGAACACCCUGAGGGACCAGGCCUCCACGCCCCGCAGGCCCAGGGCCAUGAGCGACGCCAGCCAGUGCCGGCAGGCUUCUGUCCGGCUGCAGCGGCGGCUCAGCGGCAGCAUGAGGACGCUGGAGGGCUGGUACGAGCCGCGGCUCACAGCCCUGCUCAAGAGAAGGCAGUUUGGGGAGGAAGCCUUGAGAAGGAGCAGGGAGCAGGCUACGGAUCUGAGGGCCAGCCUGGGGCCCCUGAGAGACGACAUACAGAGACUGGAGAUGCAGAGAGCGGGUCUGAUGCAGAGGGUCACUCUGAUGGAGCAGGAUAGGGAGGAGAGUGUCACACAACACAAGGAGACUGUGGAGAAACUACAAGAGACUCUGAGAGAACUACAAAUGGAGGUUGAGGUUCAAAGAAAAUCUAAGAAAAAUGUGGAGGAUCAUAAUGAUGGCCUUUCAAAAGAACUGAUAUUCCUGAGAGGGUGUGAUGAACCCAAUGGAAUUACUGCAAAGGAGGUUCCCUAAAUUCCUUUUUCCAGGAGAUAUUCUUAAAAUGAUUGCGUACACCAUUCCACACUACAAUAUAGCAUUUUAUUUAAUAUGAAAUAUAUAUAAA